AUGGUGGACACACAGGAGCUCUGCGAAGAUGGCUAUAGAUUGGCAAUACAGGCGGUAGAUUUGGACAAAAUGGGCAGCGGUAGUGCAGCUGCUUUUUUCUACAUUGAAGCGGCAGAAGCUCUCAUUAAAGCAUUAUCAUAUGAUCCCAGUUUAGAAGUAAGAGAUAAAGCUUCGCAGUAUGUCAGGCGAGCUGAAGAACUCAGAGCGCUGGAAGAAGGUUCAUCCAGGGCACCUGCUUCUUUCAAAACUUCCCAGCAGAAUGGUGUGGAGAGAGCAGAAUUUCUUCUGAAGCAAGCGCUCUAUGAAGAUGAGAGAGACAGACCCAGUGAUGCUCUUCCUUUCUACACUGAUGCAGCCGAGCUUUGCAUCAAAACUAGUGGUAGUCUAUCAGAUGGUGAUAAUUUGAAGAAAAAACUUCAUGGUCUUGCUAAGCAAGCAAUAGAGAGAGCUGAGGCAAUUAAGGCAAUAUUAAGGACUAAACCAGGCAGUGCUGUGUCAGAUUCAACAUCAAUCAGUAGAGGUGUGAAGGACCUUUCCCUAAUGUCUUCUGGAGAAUCAACCCCUGGGGCAAGCACUGGGGAAAAAAGACCUCAUCUUACAGCCAAGGAAUUGGAGGUUUUAAAGAGAACUUCUUAUAUAAAUGGUAAGCUAUUCCCCCCCUGGCUGGACAUUGACCUGAAAGAGAGACUUGCUUAUCCUGACUGUUACAGUGAUAAAGAUGGUCAGCUUGCCCUUUCACAGAAACAGAAAGCUCGCUUUGCCAAAUGGUUAAGACCAACUGAGUUGUGUGAAAACCCAGAGAUGAUUUAUGCCAUUUCAAGCUUCAGUAUUAAACAGGUAUAUUUAACAAUUAUUCCACAUGUUAAAGACUUUUUCCUAUUCCUCUUCCUUUUCCUCAUAUGCUUCUCUGUUUCUCUUUCAUCAGGAGUAUUUUGGAUUAGCUGGGAAUGCGUUUUGCAGUUUUUCGACGUGAUCUACAUGAACUGGAAUCCCAAACUCUUCAAAUAUCGCUUUUCUCUUCACUCGACUUGGACGGCUGCUGAAGGACCCAAGAGAGACGCUUAUAAUAUCGGAGACAAUCCGCAGUACAAACUGGAGUUACUUUCAUCUGACAGUGAUGCUGUUGUCUGGAUCCUUCUCACUCGGCACAUCACACAAAAGGAUGAUUUUGCUGAAAACAAGGAGUUCAUAACCGUCCAUGUGUAUAAGUCAGAUGGCAGAAGGGUGUUUUACCCGGACAACCCAUUGUUGGAAGGUACUAAAAUCAACAGUCCAUUUUACCUCGCUAAACUCAAUGCCCCGAAAGGAACAAACCGUUUCACACUUGUUGUCUCUCAGUAUGAAAAAACGAAUACCAUUCACUACACCCUGAAGGUUUUUUCUUCAACUGAAUUCCGUUUAUCUCCAGUUCCUGUCCCAUAUACUGUUGAGAAACAGGUUACCGGUGAAUGGAGUGGCAAGUUCGCCGGUGGUUGUCCAAACUUCUCUUCACAUUGCAAUAAUCCCGUGUAUCGCCUGCAAAUCAAGAUGACUUCGCCCUCAGAAACUGCUGAAGUUCUUUUGAAACUGCGAGGGCCCAAGCAGUUUUCAGUGGGAGCCAUAUUUCGUUCUGUAGAGCGCACCUCGGAUGGGAGACCCAUUUACGAGGCGUACUCUGAAACUUACAGGCCUGGCUUUUAUGUUCAGCAACUGACCAGAGUGCCUACGGGCACAUAUGAUGUGAUUCCUUCGACUUUUCAGCCGGGACAAGAAGGACCUUUUAUAUUGACGAUAUCAGCAAGCUGUAAAAUAGCACUGGGGAAAAAGUAGACCGUCCCACAGUUCACUUUGCUUUGAGCGGUAAAAUGAGCUGGCAAAAGGAUUGGUUUGUCCCCAGUCUCUAACUGGCAUUGCAUGCUUCCCAGUGAAAUAAAUCUGGAUUUGGAGAAAAGCAGUUCAAGGAAUUUAGCGAAAAACUGCUGGUUGAGAAGUUGAAAUAAGGAAAUAGACAACAACCAAUUAGGCAAUAGUUAAUACAACGAAUGGCUGAAGGCCGCUAAACAAGGAAAUUCAAAAUUAAUUGAAAGGCAGUUGUAAAGAACGAGAACUUUAAUAGAAGGCGAUAAUGCCUAAUUUGAAUGGACAGCUGUUGGAUUCACAUGUGAAUCCAAUUGAUAAUUUGAUAGAAAUACUGAAAGACGAAAAUAUGAUUGCAAAAUAUCGAAAUUGCGAGGAAUAAAUUUGUAUUUCAUACGAUUCUUAACGAUACAGGUUUGACUCUCCUCUUAAAGGAUAAAUUAACUUAAAUUUAUGAGGUCCUGGUAUAGUUAAUGCUUUUUAUCUCUGUAGAAUUGUGCAGAAGUAAAUUGCUCUUUGCAACA